UGUCGUGGUUCCUGGUUUCAGCGGUAGGUGUUCUUGUUACGGGAGACGGAUAGGUCCUCACUCUAAUUGUUAAGACUCCCAUGCACAUAUCCUGGAGUACGGUGCGAUGAAGGUCAUUCCUCUCGAGGAGACGCGGACCGUAGAAGAAACUGUUCUUAGAGUGAAGGACUACAUACUGGCACAUCCCGACAUCCGCAACGACAAGACCAAGUUCAUCGAAGGCUGGGGUUGGGACCACAUUAAUUGGAAAAACCAGGCGUUCCCUCUAGCUGCUCACUUCGAGGCAGACCCCGUGGUGGCGGGUCGGUUGAUCGUGCUGCAGAGCAAGGACGGGCAUGCACUAUGGGUCUCGAAACGGGUACUUCAGUCGAUGGGCACAUUGCCGGACGAAGUGCCCGGUGGUUUAAUAGUCCGCGAUGCCUCAGGAAGACCAACCGGCUCCUUCCUAGACAAUGCACAAGCACUGGUGGAACGACCUAAGCCAACGCAUGAGAUGUUGGAAGCGCGUUUCAAUGCAACGGUCAAGGACGCACUUGCUGCAGGCCUGACCUCGAUUCACGAUGCUGCUCUCGAUCCCAUGUCGUUGGAGUUCUUCCAGAGGCAAGCAGAUGAUGGCAAAUUACCGCUUCGUAUAUACGGCAUGACGUUCUUCGACGAAACGAAGGAUUACUGGGGGGAUCGUGCCACUAAGAUCAUUGGUGCCGGCGAUGACAGGCUUACGGCUCGCAGUGUCAAAAUCUUCGCCGAUGGUGCCUUGCGAACCGGUCUGGCAGCGCUAUACGAACCGUACACAGACAACCCGAGCACUCGUGGUGUCAUGCGGACGGAACCGGAAGUCCUCAACAGGGUGAUCCCCAAAUUCAUGAAGGACGGAUGGCAGGUGAAUGUGCAUGCAAUCGGUGAUCGCGCGAACGGCAUUGUUCUGGACGCAUUUGAGGAGGCGCUCAAGGAGGCAAACGUGUCUGCUCUCCGACCACGUCUUGAACACGCCCAGAUCCUUGCCGAGGCGGACAUGGCACGGUUCGGAAACCUGGGUGUCAUCGCCAGUAUCCAGCCGACACACGCCACGGACGAUAUGUGGUACAGCGAAGAGCGCUUGGGCCCUGAACGUGUCAAGGGGCUUUACGCUUUCCGAAGCAUUCUCGACCACGGCGCUCGUAUCACCUUGGGCUCUGACUUCCCCGUUGAGGGCGUGAACCCUCUUGCGGGAUUCUACGCUGCGAUCACACGACUCUCGCAGGAUGGCCGGUCGCCUCAUGGGCCGGGAGGCUGGUUCCCGGAGCAGCGCAUGACGCGGGAGGAAGCAUUGAAGGGCAUGACAAUUGACCCAGCCUACGCCUCGUUCUCCGAGAACACGCUCGGGUCCAUCACGCCUGGCAAGCGGGCGGACUUUGUCGUCCUGUCGCAAGACAUCAUGUCUGUGCCCGUGACGGAGAUUAUGAAGACGAAGAUCGCGGCCACGGUCAUUGAUGGCAAAGCUGCAUACGGCACUUUGUGAGCCAGCCGGGAACAAUGCAUGAUACGCCGGUAGCUGCUUGGUGUUCAUUUGGACGGUUUCUAUAAAUGCAUCAUGGACAUUGCAGGAUGGCGCGGUCAGAUAUUGGCGAUAUACUGAGUUGCUACUUACAUGUAACAUAGAGCUCUCUGGAUUAUGUAUAUACCCAUACCCUUUGCGGGAUACGUGAUGCUGCUUGCAGUCUGCCAGUGACCAGGACACGACCACGUGCACGUGGCUGGGCGGUUGUCUUGUGCGCGCCACUGGCGCGUCGCGUCUUGAGACUCAGCC